AUGAGGAGGAACCCCAGUCAAUGGAUGAACCAGGAUAAUCGAGCCGAGGUGGCACGCAAGUCCAUGCCACUAAUAACUUUCUCAGGCGGGGAUUUUCACGCACCCAAUCCUAACCAGGAUGAUCCUAUGGUCAUAACGACUAUAAUUGCUAGCGUGGGCAAGGUUUUAGUAGAUCAGGGGAGUUCAAUGAACAUCUUGUAUUGGAAAACUUUUCAACAAAUGGAUAUACAGGAUAAUUUGAUUAUGCUUUUCCAUGAGAAAAAAUUGGGAUUUGCAGGAGAACGGGUGGACACACGCGGCUGUGUGGAUCUAAAAAUGAGUAUGGGAACGAAGAGGAAUGUUAAGGAGCUUAAGGUGUGGUUUUUGCUGGUAGAAGCUGACACGUCGUACAACGUGCUGCUCGGACGACCUUGUUUGAAUGCGUUUGGGGCAAUAGUAUCUGCCGCACAUUUAACGCUGAAGUAUCCUUCAAAUGAUGAGAAGGUAUGGGCGGUUAGGGUAGAUCAGAAAAUUGCUCGGGAAUGUUAUGCAGUUGGAUUAAAGGUAAAGCCUUUUAUGGCCAGAACUCAAGAAACUCAUUCAGAGGUUGCAAUGGCCGAAUUAGACCCUAGGGAAAGCACGGAGGAUCGGGUAGAACGGAUGGGAGAGGUUCAACCUUUCCCUUUGAAGGGAGAAGAUCAAGUGACGAUGGUGGGUCAGAGUUUGGGGGAGGAUCAGGUGGUGGAUGCCCGACUAGUCUCACAAAAAAAGAGGAGGAUGGGAGCCGAGAAGAGAAAGGCUGUAGAUGAGGAGGUUCGCAAGCUGGUGGAGACCGACUUCAUAAGGGAGGUAAAGUAUACCACUUGGUUAGCAAACGUGGUAAUGGUAAAGAAGUCCAAUGGUAAGUGGAGGAUGUGCACAUACUUUAUUGAUUUAAACAAAGCCUGUCCAAAGGACACAUACUCGCUGUUGAGUAUUGACGCACUGGUGGAUGGAGUAUCGGGAUAUGAAGUGCUCAGUUUCUUGGACGCGUAUUCAGGAUACAACCAAAUCCCUAUGUAUCGUCCGGAUAGUGAGAAGACAACCUUUAUAAUCGAGCGGGAGACGUAUUGUUACGACGUCAUGCCAUUUGGUUUGAAGAAUGCAGGGGCUACAUAUCAGAGGUUGAUGGAUAAGGUCUUCUAG